AUGACCUCCCACGCCACCAAAUCACCAACCCCUCUCCCCCUCGAACUCAUCGAAAACCCAGCAGCAAAGAACGCACCCUACUACACCCCAUCCCAAUCUCCCCCCUCCGGAACAGCCAUCCUCCCCUCCACCACAACCACCACCACCCCCCUCCCAAAACUCUUCACCCCCCUCAAAAUCCGCUCCCUCACCCUCCAGAACCGCCUCUUCCUCGCCCCCCUCUGCCAAUACUCCGCCUCGCCCCCAGCCGGAAACCUAGCAACAGACUGGCACCUGACCCACCUGGGCGGCAUCCUCCAACGCGGGCCCGGCCUAACCCUGAUGGAAUCCACCGCCGUCCUCCCGGAAGGCCGCAUCACCCCGCAAGACCUAGGCCUCUGGUCCGACGCCCAGAUCCCGCCCCUCCGCCGCAUCACCGACUUCGCCCACUCCCAGUCCCAAAAGAUCGGCAUCCAGCUCUCCCACGCAGGCCGCAAGGCGAGCACCGUAGCCCCCUUCGUCCACGCCAACGCGACCUCCCCCCCCGAAGCACACGGCUGGCCAGACGAAGUCUACGCCCCUUCCCCCCUCCGCUUCAACGACGCAUACCCCCUCCCCAAGGAAAUGACCCUCCCGCAAAUCGAAUCCCUCAAAGAAGCCUUCGUCGCCGCCGCCCGCCGCGCAGUCCAAGCCGGCUUCGACGUCGUCGAAAUCCACGCCGCGCACGGCUACCUCCUCCACCAAUUCCUCAGCCCAAUCUCCAACGCCCGCACCGACGCCUACGGCUCCUCCUCCUUCGAAACCCGCACCCGUCUGGUCCUCGAAAUCACCUCCCUCGUCCGCGCCGCGAUCCCGGACACGAUGCCGCUCUUCGUCCGCAUCAGCGCGACGGAUUGGUUCGACGACAGGACGGACCUCGUCCCGCACAGCUGGACGCUCGCCGACUCGUGUAGGCUGGCGCCUCUGCUCGCGGAGCGGGGCGUCGACCUGCUGGACGUGAGCUCCGGCGGGAUUCAUCCGCUGCAGGCGACGAGCAUCAAGGGCGGACCCGGGUACCAGGCCGGUUUCGCAAAGGAGAUUAAAAAGGUUGUCGGGGAGAGGAUGCUUGUGUCGGCUGUGGGUGGGAUCAGUACGGGGACCAUGGCGGAGGGGUUCCUUCAGGAGGGGUUGGAUGUGAUCAUGUGCGGUCGGUGGUUCCAGAAGAAUCCCGGUCUGGUGUAUGCGUAUGCCGAUGAGCUUGGGGUCAAUGUCAAGAUGGCGAACCAGAUCGGAUGGGGGUUCGGUGGACGUGGAAAGGGGAAGACAGACGUGAGUGAUAAAGAAGAAAGCCUCUAG